AUGGUUUAUGUAGCUUUCCUUCAAAAGGAAAAUGACUCGAGCGAGCUGAACAAGCUGUCCUGUUCCUGGCGAUACUACUGCCAAGAGGAAUUUCACUUCUGCGAGUACGGCUGUAGUUCCAAGAAAAGUCUCAAGGCAGGGUACAACCUGCUUAGCACCACCAACCUGAGGGAAAACUGCUUCAUCAACGUAGAGUGCGAGAACCACCAGAUUUACUUUGACACGGAGGACCCAGUGCACUUCCUCUUUUUCGCCAAGCCGUUCUUCCGCCUCAACCGGGGCUUCACCCUGUAUGUGCACCUGGCCCGAAGGAACGACGGAGCGGGCGAACGCGCGCACCAUGGGGACGACCGAACGGAGACCACCAUCUGGCGACUACUACGCCUCACCUGGAAAAGGACAAAUGAGUGGAGACGAUACAUCUCGAAGAAACACAAAAGGAGUUUAAUCAAGUUGUUAAUCUGCCUCAUUCUAAUCCAUAUGAUUCUUUUUUACCUCUAUAUUUACACCUACUUGUAUUUGGACAAGCAAGAGGAGCUGUAG